AGGGGUGUGAAGGGGUAGCUCCCAAAUUCGAUUCCUUGCAACAAUUAUUAUUAAAUCAUAUGUUUUUUUUAAAUGAGCAAUAUAAUACUCCCUCCGUCCCAUGAAACCUUUCUCCUUUCUUUUUUUUAUCCGUCCCACAAAACACGUCUCAUUUCUAUUAAAAAGUCACUUUUACCCCUUACUUUUUCAUACCCUAACUAUCACAUCAUACCUUUUUACUAAUAAUCUAUCCAUCAAAUCAUACUUUUACCCAUCACAUCAAAGGACAUUUUUGGAAAUUCAAUACCAAAAUACACUCCCCUUAAAUCCUUUCUAAAAAGCAAAAGUCUCAUGUUUCAUGGGACGGAGGAAGUAUGACUAAUGAGACAUCAUUUGUUAGUGUUCUAUAAUGACAACCUAGGUCGGAUCCACCUCCUUUGUUGUUUACUUAAUUGGAGCCAUGGGUACUAUUUUUCUCUUGUCCUCUACUUUUGAGCUUAAGAAAGGAAAAACUGAAUGUAAUAAUUCAGUUGAACUCUCUUUCAUUGGGAGAGGAGAAUAAGUAAGGAAAGAAAAAUGUUAAGAAAAAAAACGAACACAUACAAAUAUAUAUUGAAUUAAAAAUAAAUUCAAUCAAACAUCGUAAAUUAGACACCUUAGAGUAAUGUUGCGCACCAAUAGUAAAGUAAAAUUACGCUCCCAAAUUCAUCAGUCCUUCAGUGUAUGCUCGACGCAUUCAGUCCCCUCCCUCCUAUAUUAAAAAAUGAAAUAUUUUAAAUUCAUUUUAUAAAUGCUUAUUUUAGUUUAUGUAAAUAGAAAUUACCCCGGAGUACAUUUCAAAAAGUGUACUUAGCUUUGUCCAUCUCAUUUUAUAAAUAUUUAUUUUAGUUUAUGUAAAAAGUAUAAUUUCCACCGUACCAUUGUUGUGUUGUUACAAUAGGCUUGGGAGGGAAGGAGGCGUAUCGGUUCAGGAGGAAAUCCGCUUCAUACGAGGAUGCCCGAGGGGUCGGACCCAGAAGCCCUCCUCCUCCUUACGACGUGUGAGAUAUGAUCUCGAUGAGGCUGCGGCCUAACCUUUUCGGCUCUCUUCUUCUUUUCUUCUCCUUGUGGUGUCGUUGAAUGCUUGUGAGAUUUCGGGUUUUUGUGUGGUUGAGCAUGUCCUUGUGAAGUCUUUCUUUCUUUUUCUUUAGCUUGUAUAUAUUGUGCAUGUGUGCUUUGCUUUUCUCGGUAAGCUAUACAUAUCCUAGUUGUAACAAAAUGUACGUAGUACGUGUAUGUUCAUGCAUCCCUUUUUCCAGAGUAAUGUUAGUGUAUUUUGCUUGGCAUAAAAAUAAGAAUGUGUGUUUUUGCUCCAUCCAAUUCCCUCGCAACUUCCAGAAAACUGUCUAAUGGCUACGAAACCGGCGCUAUUAUGCCCUUAAUGCCCUCGCACGCCAGAGACACCAUCGGAGUGGAGGAUGAGAUUGGAUUCGUACUAUGCUCUGCUCCUGCUGCUCGUUCCCUUCAAUAUCGCUGCCGGUAAAAAUGAAGGAGUUUGUAUUUCGCCCGGUGGUCGGUUUCCUAGAUUUUCCAAUGAAGGGAAACCUCCAAGGAAGGUAAAUAAAGGACCAAGAGAUUUGAACCUGUGCAGGGUGUUCCGAGGGAAGACUUGCUGUGACAUAAGCCAAACACACCCUACAUUGUUGUCAAUUAGGAGGUUGGCUUCUGCUGGUGAAGCGAGCCAAGAGUGUUUGCACUUGUGGGAAUUGUUGGAAUGUUCCAUUUGCGAUCCGUAUGUCGGCGUCCAGCCCGGCCCUCCUCUUAUAUGUGCCUCUCUCUGUGAUAGAGUGUACCAGGCUUGCUCCAAUGCAUACUUUGCAGUUGACACAAAGACACAGGUUCUUGCACCAUGCGGAGUGAAUGACUUCGUUUGUGGUAGGGCCUCAGAGUGGAUCUCCAAUGGAACAGAGCUCUGCAGGAUUGCUGGGUUCUCAGUCAAAUCGGUGUAUGAUGAUCCGGAAGAAGUGACCUGCUACGGAGGAAAAUCUAGUAGGGAUUCCAUAUCUAAAUCAUGGGGAACAUCAAACUCCAAGUAUACACAAACUGCUCACAGCUCAAGUACAGUGGAGGGUUUCAAGCACUGGGUGGAAGACAUUCUUUUCAGUGAAAGAGUAUCUUGGGCAAUAGGUGGAAUGGUUCUGACUGCAGGACUUCUAUUUGUCAGCCAGCGCAGAAGCCGCAGGCAGCGCUACAAACAAGCAGCUAUCAAGCGCACGGUCAGAAAAUUGAACCCAGGCUCUCAGGCCAGGGAAGCAAGAAGGCAAGUGGAAGAUAGAUAGAGAGUAGAUUGUUAGUUAGAUCAAUGUGUUGUGCUCCAAUGUCUAGUUGUAGUUUCAAAAACUGUUUUCCCGUUGCUUUUUUUCGCAUUCUCUCUUCUACUCCUUUUUAUUUUUAAUAUGCAUAUGCACUGUCAUACGUGAAAUGGUA